CCGGCGGCGGAGGAGGAGGGAGGGAGCGGCCGGCGCGGGCGGCACUCGAGGCUGGGCGCGGGCGAGAGAGGAACGCAGCGUGGCCGAGCGGUUCUCACGCCUCCCCCUCCAGGGUUCGUUAGUGACGCGACGCCGGGCCAGCGAGCGAGCGUCGAGGGGUCCAUUUGCGCGUCCGCUCCGUUAACGUCCCUUCCCGCCGUCCUCGGAAACCGCCGCCCCGCGGAAGCAGCACCCCACGGUAACCAUGAGUGAUCGAAAGGCCGUGAUCAAGAAUGCAGAUAUGUCUGAGGAGAUGCAGCAGGACUCUGUGGAGUGUGCUACACAGGCCCUGGAAAAAUACAACAUUGAGAAGGACAUUGCUGCCCACAUAAAGAAGGAGUUUGACAAGAAAUACAAUCCUACUUGGCACUGCAUUGUGGGAAGAAAUUUUGGCAGCUAUGUGACUCAUGAGACCAAACAUUUCAUCUACUUCUACCUGGGCCAAGUUGCUAUUCUCCUCUUCAAAUCCGGUUAGAACAUGGGACUCUUCCACCCAAACACGCAUUUGGUUACAGGACUGCACGCUAAUUCCAAAUAGACUGAAGUCUUCAGCCUUCCCCAGGGAACAUACCUUGAUCUUCAAGCCUUUUGUUGUUUUAAUGGACAGGUACUACUCUGUACCAUUUGUGUUCUUGUUGUGACCAUAAAACAAUAGCAAAAAAUUAA